UCCAGCGCCGCUCCCGACUCACGCCGUCUGUUAUUCCUCCGCUCUCCGCCCGCUCGCUCAUCCAUUCUCUCGGACAAUUUUCCUUGACGGCGAAAAGAGACAACAGGGCGGUGGCAGUGCACUUUACAUGCCUGCAUCAUCCAUGCUCUGUAUCUGGACGGGAAACUGACUGACAGACCUGGAAAGACAGGAUAGCAAGUAAACACGAUGUCGGAGAAGGGUUCGGCCAGCGACAUGAAGAAUGCCAUGGAGGCGGACGUGAGGAGGUCCUAUCAGGAUCACGACUCUAAGACGACAGACGAGAAGGACGACAGCUCAGAGAAGACUCCCAGCAGGGUGUCCAGAUCUCCGCAGAAGACCUCCAAACGACCAAAGACGGCGUCGGUGAAAGUCACGCUGCUGGAUGGCACAGAGUACGAACCCGAGUUGGAGAAGUUCUCCCGAGGUCAGCUCCUGUUGGACACCGUGUGUGACCACCUCAACCUGCUGGAGAAGGACUACUUUGGACUGAGCUUCUACGAUGCAGACAACCAGAAGAACUGGCUCGACCCUUCAAAGGAGAUCAAGAAACAAAUCCGCAUGGGCGUGUGGCAGUUUGCCUUUACGGUCAAGUUCUACCCCCCUGACCCGUCCCAGCUCAUCGAGGACAUCACCAGGUACUACCUGUGUCUGCAGCUGCGAGAUGACAUGCUGUCUGGCCGCCUCCCGUGCUCGUUCGUCACCCACGCGCUGCUGGGCUCCUACGUGGUGCAGGCCGAGCUCGGCGACUACGACCCGGACGAGCACGGCCCCGACUACGUCAGCGACUUCCGCUUCGCCCCCAGCCAGACGCGAGAGCUGGAGGAGAGGGUGAUGGAGCUACACCACAACUAUAGGGGGAUGACUCCUGCAGAAGCUGAGAUCAACUUCCUGGAAAACGCCAAGAAGCUGUCAAUGUACGGCGUAGACCUACACCAAGCCAAGGACUCUGAAGGCAUCGAGAUCAUGCUGGGGGUGUGCGCCAAUGGGCUGCUAAUAUACCGUGACCGACUCCGGAUAAACCGAUUCGCCUGGCCCAAAAUCCUUAAAAUCUCUUACAAACGCAGCAACUUCUAUAUCAAGAUACGGCCUGGAGAGGUAGAGAAAAGCAAGUACGAGCAGUUUGAGAGCACCAUUGGCUUCAAGCUGCCUAACCACCGAGCUUCCAAACGCUUGUGGAAGGUUUGCAUCGAGCACCACACCUUCUUCAGGUUGGUGUCUCCGGAGCCCCCGCCCAAAGGCUUCCUGGUGAUCGGUUCCAAGUUCCGGUACAGCGGGCGCACCCAGGCCCAGACGCGGCAGGCCAGCGCCCUGAUCGACCGUCCCGCGCCCCAGUUUGAGAGGUCCAUCAGCAGGAGGUACCUGCUCUGCCGCAGCCUGGAUGGAGCGGCGACUCUUGGGGACAGUAUGGACAGGAUGUCCCAGCACAGCUCCAGCGGACGCACCCCCAUCCCCUUACAAGACGACCUGGACCAGGACCUGGAAGAUGACGCGUACCCAGAACUGGAUCAGGACCAGGAUCAGGACCAGGAUCAGGAGCGAGAGUCAGAAGACGCUGCCCCCGCUGGCAAGGGAGUGGAACUAAAGACGGAAGAGGCUGGCUCUCCACUAGACGCUAAGGCAGCAGAGCAGUUCCUGGACAAGCCGGAGGACGUGCUGCAGAAGCACCAGGCCAGCAUCAACGAGCUGAAGAGGGCGCUGCGGGAGCCCAACAGCAAGCUGGUCCACCGGGAGAAACGCCCGUCCAGCGCCUCCCCCGGGAGCACCCCCGAGAGGAAAGCUGAGGCGGCGGCCACCCCUGCCAUUUACACCGAAGCUCUAGCUGAAUCUCAGGGGGACCUGUGGGAACGGCGGCUGGGCUCAGUCUCCGAGGACGACCCGGAGCAGGAGAUGCUCUACGCCAAAGAGACUCACCUGGGCAUCGAGCGCAAGUGCUCCAGCAUCACGGUCAGCUCCACGUCGAGCCUGGAGGCCGAGGUGGACUUCACGGUGAUCAUGGACCUGCACACUGGCAUGGAGGAGUUCUCCAGGGGCAUGAGCGAGCUGGGCGACAGAGACGUCUUGCCUGAGAUGGGCUACUCUGAUUUGUCCGACAUGCCGCACCACAGCGCCGCGUGGAUCAUGGGAGCCGAGAAGAUCGUGCUCCCGGACGAGUUCCCCGUUAUAGGGCCUCCCAAACGCCCCGAGCCGUUUGUGCCCAAAAAGGCGCCGCGCACCGCGCUGGCUCACAGGGCCAAGAAAGAGGCCGGUGAGCUGACCUCGAUUCAGGUGACGAAGAAAGAGACCGCAGAGGUGACUCAUCUCCCUCCCCAACCCAUCAGCAGAGAGGGGACUCAUCUUCCUCCCCAUCCCAUGAGCAGAGAGGGGACUCAUCUUCCUCCCCGACCCAUCAGCAGAGAGUGCAGCGACAUUGUCCCCCCUGCCCUGAGGAAAACCGAUGUCAAGGUCGAGACGCAACCCAACGGGUCAGAGGUCACCACAACCAUCAUGGAGUUCACCGACCAAGAUCACAGGGGGAGUGCAAUCAGAGAGGCGUCUUAUUCCGUCACAGAGAGCGGCUCACCGAUCAAUAUUGGCACUUUUGCCAGAGAGGGUUCAGGAUCUCCACUCAUUGUGACAGAGAGUGUGACAUCAGCGACCACCACCCAUGUUACCAAGACAGUCAAAGGAGGCUACUCAGAGACCAGGAUUGAAAAAAGAAUCAUCAUCACUGGAGAUGAUGAUGUAGACCAGGAUCAGGCACUCGCCAUCGCAAUAAAAGAGGCGAAGCAGCAACAUCCUGACAUGUUGGUAACCAAGGCUGUAGUUGUCAGGGAAACCGAAUCUUCCACUCACGACCCGCACGAGGAAUGUUAGACCACAGUCCUCUUGGAACCUGCUCAGAAGAAUAGUCCUACUGUGAAUCUACUGUCUUUAACCACUGCCAGUCGGUCCUGGAUACUACACUCCCAAAUCUCCCCCUUUCCCUCCAGGGUCUGCGUUGCGUACGUGUCUCCAGGGCUGCUUCCGACACCUCUCCCUGCAGAACCUUGCCUCUCCAGUUUUACAUUCAGAGGCGCUAAAGACUCUGUCUGCCCCUGGAGCACAUACUUGCUAUGCCAUUACCCCUCCUCUUCUACUCGACCCCAGUCUUGUUCUCUAGAUGGUUUUACUCCCUGUCCACUGAACUGAACUAACGUUAGAAAAACAUUCUGAGCAGUUUAUUUGCCUGGCUCUAUCUGUCUUACAUUACACCAUAAAAUCAUAGAUAUUUGCUGUAGACACUGACAUCAAUUAUGACGAGUGGUUGCAACCGUUUAUUUGGUUAUCUGGGAGUAUACGUUUGACUACUGAUGCUGGAAAAUGUGAACUUUAGGCAAGAUCAAUGAAUAGAAUAGGUCAAAUGCCUGUUAAAAGAUAUGUGUAUGUAAUGCAUUUUUUUUAAAUGUGAAGGAAAAAAAAAAGAAGAUGAUUCUGAAAGUGCACACAUUUUUUUGCAUGUAGUUGAGCAGGUUUUCUUCUGUGGGGAAAAAUCGUGCUUUCAUCUCUCAGUUUUAAGCUCUGGACGAGCCACGCUGGACGAGCCGAAACCAGCCCACAUGGAUCACUGAGCUCAUCCAUGACACGCGUGGUGCAACCGAACACGGACGGCACAGACCAAAACACACCUGAAAUACAGUCUGUCCUAUUAGUGUUAGUGAUGCACAGCUGUGUCCCAGCGUCCCUCGGCACUGGCCGUCUGGCUGGGCUGCUAUAACGCACCAGUGCUAUCCCUUGUUUCCGAGGAACGCUCUUUCGCGCGGUGAGAAUAUCUCAACAUCCAGAUGAAGGCUGAGGCUGAGGGACGAGGAACACGCUGUCCGGUUCCGCAGAAGUGGAACAUCAGAUACCGAGGCGGUUUCCGUGGAGAUUACUUAAGAGCUAAGAAUCCACCAGGACCACUCUGCCUGCCUGGGGUGACAUCAGCCAUGGAUGUUCAAAAAAAGGAGAUCUUUGUCUACUUACUGUUUUAAUGAAAACCGUCGAAAUGCUCUGAAAAUUCUUGAAUAUUUUAGGAUUACUUUUUUGGAUAGAUGAUCGUGUAAUCUUGUUAGUUUUAUUCAGAGGGUAAAUAUUGUUGGAGACCUAUACUCUGAGCUUGUUGAGUGUCUGAAUUGAUUUAAUAUACAUCCAGUGCAAAAUAAGAAAUAAAUAACUUCACGAAUUAAGUCGUUUAUGACGGAAACUCUUAUGUGCAUGCAGUCAUUAACUAAAAAGAGCUUUAAGUUGCCCAAAGUAACAAGCGAUGCUUUUAUUUUCAUGUAAAGUUGUACAUUCGCCCUCUGAGGUCUGACACUGUUAUCAUCACAGUGGGAAAUGGAAAAGAUUUGCGUCUGAAGUCUGGAAAAUCAAGGCUAGAAAAAAAAACUAAACAAAAACAAACAAUUUUUACAAAGCAGUGGACUGUGAAGGACAGUCCAAAAUCACUGUUGUGAUGUCACUGUACAUAGAGAGGAACAUCGUUACAUUAAAAUUCCAUCAUCCUUGUAAUCUUUCGUUUUAAGUAUUUUCAUGAGGAAAAUCAUUGAUGCCAUCUCAGAAAUACUGAGGAAAAGAAGGUCAAUCAGUUUGUCCAUUCUGAUCUAGGAGUACACGAGUGAUAGUCUGUGAACUUUUGACUGGUUUGUUUCCUGUGCGUAGAGCUGACCUUUGACCUUAUCCUAACCUGUGAUUGAUGUCUGGACCCGUAACUGUUGAAGUGAAGCGCCCCUGUGCGAUGCUGUGCCAUGUGAUGUCUGUACGAGAGUGCGGGCCCUUACCCAAGGCUGUUCAUCCCUGUGCCGUCUCAUCUGUUUUUUUUGUUUUUCUUUUCUAUUCAUCUCUAAUGUGCCAGAAUUCAAAAGGAAUGCCAAUGAGACCAUCAGCAUAGUUUUCUCUCCUUGAUGGUCUUGCUGAUCUCUGUGAAGAUGAUGACGACGAUGAUGAUGAGGAUGGUGAGAUGUACCGAUACUGAGAUGUGUUGUAUAAAGGGGUCUGUAAAGUGUGAAUGACUUGAAUAUAUAGUACUUUAUGCCCUAGCAGGUUUUAAUUGCACUUGGGUUGAAGUCACUGUCUUGAAGCCUUUCAGUGCCAGCCAGUGUAAUUCUACAGAACGCUGGCUACUACACACACAAAACUGGGCGGGGCUUUCAUGCCUGGCUAAAAAAAAAAAAAGUCUUUCUUUUCUCUCAUUCCUCUUUUUUUUACGAUUGUCUAACUCCAUCCUUCUUUCUCAUUGCUCUGUGUGUGAUCUGUACAGUGUAUCUGCCCUCCCUCUAGAUGAUCAAAUGAAUAAAUGAGUACAUACA